UGACUGUUGGAUGCGAGACGGUGGAUAUGACUCUGAGAAGAAAUGGACUGGGACAACUGGGCUUCCAUGUUCGCUUGGACGGCACUGUGGCUGAGGUGGAGGAAUACGGCUUUGCCUGGCAGGCGGGACUGAGGCAGGGCAGUCGGUUGGUGGAGAUCUGCAAGGUGGCCGCAGUGACGUUGACUCACGAACAGAUGAUCGACCUGCUCAGAACGUCAGUCACCGUCAAAGUGGUUAUCAUCCCUCCAUACGAAAAGGGGGGACCUCGCAGGUGCGUUCACCGCUGAAUGUUUAAAAUUGGG